UAAAUGUACACGUUUCCCAGGUCAAGCCUUCGAUCAUAACAAACAUUGAUAAGUCUCAGACUGAAAGAGGGAUUUCUCUGAUCGGAGGGCAAUAGAUGAGAGAGAUGCCUUAUGGACGAGAGACUGACAGAAUAUUAUUAAUUUGAUGCUUGUAUCUUAUAUCUUUUGUGUAAUAUUGCAGCUUGCAGUUAUUUGUUUGCCCUGAUAUUAUGACGUCAUUUAUUGUGUUUGGGCAACCUGCAUUUCCACAAUUUAAUAUACCUGAAAACAGACGCUGAUAUUCUAGCACUGAUCCUUGGCCGCGACAGGAUUAUCAACACUGUCCCUCACCAGAAAACGCUGUCUAAUUUAUUAUAAUUUCGUGUACGAAUGGGGUGGGGGGGGACAUUAUUGUGAUUGAUGUGUAACAUCGUCACUCAAAAAGCCGUUCUCUAUAUAUGAAGACGCCAUUCAGUUUUCGAGAAGAAUUAAACUUAUUUCCUGUGAGAAGGCUUUAAAAUGGCAAAUCCGCCUUGGACUUUGAAGAGGAAGUGGCAGAGAGAAAUAAAUGAUCAAGUGUACAGAAGUUUUCAACGUGUUCUGCAAGUAACCCCAGCCCUGAUCAGUCGGCUGGGGCUAGAAGCAGAACUGGAUGGACACCAGGGCUGUGUGAACUGUUUGGAAUGGAAUGAAACUGGAAGUUUGUUAGCAAGUGGAUCUGAUGAUGUCCAAGUCAUCUUAUGGGACCCAUUUUUACACAGAUCCAAAACUAUCAUAAGAACAGGCCAUCAGGGCAACAUCUUCUCUGUUAAGUUUUUGCCUGCUUCUGGUGACUCUACAUUGGUGACGGGUGCUGCUGAUUGUAAGAUCAGGGUUCAUGACCUUAACAUGCAGGAAACAAUGCAGGUCUUCAGCUGUCAUGCUGGUAGGGUCAAGCGCAUUGCCACUGCUCCUAACUUGCCGUUUGUGUUCUGGAGUGCAGCUGAAGAUGGCUGUAUCAUGCAGUUUGAUCUGAGAUGCCCAGAAAUGAGCUCUAGUCACCCAAGCAACAUUUUAAUCAAUCUUAAUGCUCAUAUGGGAGAUCAUGCAGAGGCCAAGUGUAUUGCUGUCAACUCAUUGCGCCCUGAGCUGAUAGCAGUUGGAGCUAAUGAUCCUUAUGUCCGGGUGUAUGAUCGACGCAUGUUGGCAUGCCGGAGUAUGAAGCUGCCGGGAGAUCCAAACACCAGGUUUCCUUGGGAUCACCCACAUCUAGAGCCAGUAGAAGGAGAGGAUUACAGUCUUCCAGAAGGAUGUGUUCAAUACUUUAUUGCAGGUCAUUUGCCACAAAAGCAGCCUGACUACCGUAAAAGAUAUCGAACACUAGCUUCUACAUAUGUGACUUUUGGACCUACUGGGGCAGAACUGCUGGUAAACUUGGGUGGAGAACAGAUUUACCUCUUUGACAUCAAUGCCAAACGUACAGCUCGUCAGCUGCAUGCCCUGCCAUCUGCCUGUUACGUUGGUUCUGGAGCUACCAAAGGUGCAACAGCAUGUGUCAGCAGCAAUGGUUAUAGUCUGCAUCGCAAUGGAACAACAGCAAAUGGUGUUACCAAUGGUAUAUCUCGGCAUUCAGUGCUACCUGCACCUACCACCACACUGACGUUGUACCCCGAUUCCAGUUUGUCAGAUGAAGGUGGUUCUUCUGAACAGCAGCAAGAGAAAAAAAGGCUUCGUGGGGAUGCACCUCAUAUGACUGCAUUGGUAGACAGACUGAAGAAGCAUGCUAACACAUGCUUUGAGAAGGAACAGUACAGUAAAGCUGUGUACCUUUAUAAUCAAGCCAUUGCACGCUCACCAGGCACACCAGUUCUUCUAGCCAAUCGAGCUGCAGCAUACAUGAAGCGCAAAUGGGAUGGGGACCUAUACGCAGCAUUACGAGACUGCCAUACAGCUCUCAGCAUUGAGCCUAAUCACAUGAAGGCCCACUUUCGCAUGGCUCGCUGUCUGCAUGAGCUGGGCUGGGUGCAGGAAGCAUAUGAUUGCCUGAACAUCUUCAAGACAAAGUUCCCAGACUAUGCAACAUCCCAUGCUUGUCAGGCCCUGGAACGUGACAUCAAGGCUGUCCUAUUUUCUAAAGUGAAUGGUGCAGAUGACAGUGAGAGUUCUCGAGCAGAGGAAACUGGCAGCCAGCGACGCAAAGCAGCAUUUUCUACUCAGGAGAAGCAUUGGCAGCAGAUGGCCUAUGACUAUGAGUUACGCUUCUGUGGCCAUUGCAACACUACUACAGACAUCAAGGAAGCUAACUUCUUUGGAAGCAAUGGGCAAUACAUCGUAGCUGGAUCUGAUGAUGGGUCCUUUUUCAUAUGGGAGAAAGAGACCACCAACAUAGUGCGGGUUUUAAGAGGCGAUGACUCUAUUGUAAACUGCCUGCAGCCUCAUCCUACAUCUUGUCUCCUAGCAACAAGUGGCAUUGAUCCUGUGGUCAGACUCUGGAGUCCACGGGCAGAGGAUGGCUCAAAAAAUGAGCGUGAAGUGAACAACUCGGACGAUGCAGCAUCAGCCAACCAGAAGCGAAUGAAUGCUGACCCCUUAGAAGUGAUGCUUAUGAACAUGGGCUAUAGAAUAACUGGCUUUCUCGAUGUUGAUGAAGAUGAAAAUCAAGGAGAGAGCCCAACAUGUCGGCCAACAUAAAGCCGUCCUGAUGAUGCCAGAUGUCCUCAAUGAUUCCCUCUUUUCCACUAUCACAUCACUCCUGUUGUCCUGGAGGAAUGAGUGGCGAGCCAGUACCAUUCCUUGCCUGACCCUACAGCCACUUCAGUUCUUGAAUCUUGCUUCAACUUUCAGGAAAAUGCAGAAUCCUAGAAGGGAGUCUACAGGACAGUAUGACUAAAUUUUCCCUACCUCUUUUUCAGGUAUACUUUACUAUUAUAAAAAAAUAAAAUUGAAAAGAUGGCAUAAAAAUAUUUAGUUGGCAAAUGAAAAUGUUUUGACAGAUCUGAAUUCAAGAAACUGUCAUAUGAAUUUUUUAUUUCUUCUUUUUUUUUUUUUUUUGGGGGAAAUUAUUUGCUGACAUCUUUUUUUUAAAAAAAAACUACACUAUUAACUUUAUAUGCUAUUUCUUGGUGAUGAGAAAUUCAGUUAGAUAUUAUCAUCUUUGGCAGUAGGAAAUCACAUUAAAAUCUUCAGCCCGUAACUGUUUUUCAUUGGUCUUGUAAAAUCUAGAUUCAGAAGUCUGUGCGUUAUGUUGUAUGUGCCCUUGCAGCACAUUUCUGCUAUCUUUCCUGGUUGCCUUAUUUGCAGUCAGAAGUGUGUAUAGUAUUUAUCUGUGUUGGUAACACCAUUGCCUUUGUCAGAUUAGAGGGCUCUCUCCUGCUGACAAGAAUAUGAGUGAUGUAAAUUUUUGAUGUUAUAUAAAAAUGUAAUAUUGAUCAGGGAACCACCAUCGGUUGUUAUUGAUUAAAACACUGUAUUUAUCAGGAGAUUUUCUGGAGCAAAGUACAAAACAAAAAAGAAAACUACAUGCUUACUCAUUCACACACACAGAGGAGGUUGGUGGAGCAUGAAAGCACAAGAACUAUGAACCUAUAAACUAGAGGUGGUGAAAACUAAAGACUACACUUCACAGAAGCUAAAGAACAGAAAAUGUAUUAGGAUGAAGCAUAUGACCACAUGUGGUGAGUUGGUGAAGUGUGAGGAGCCUUUUGGAGCAAGUGGUGUCAUGAGCUCAUUUAUAAUCCUUAAAGUAACAAAACUACAAAUAGAAAAAUAGGGAAAGUAAAGAACCUGUGUUAAGCUGGAGUGCUGAAAAAAAAGAAUCAGACAUGUGCCUCUUAGGCUUUAAGCUUCACUGAAUGUAGCUAAUCAAUUUGUAUAUAUAUACACACAAACACACAAACUUUCUCUCUCUUUUAUAAAUGUGCACCCAAUGUUUGCUGAAAUGCAUAGUUUUCAUUUGCUCUGUUACUUUGAGUUUUUGUUGGUGGUUUUUUUUUUUUUUUGAAUGACAGGAUUUGUUGUUGUACAUAGACGCUCAACGACUUUGUCAUCUUUCUUUGAUGUUUAGAAAAGUUAGUUUGACCUGUUUCUGACCAGAUCUGUUGUUUUGCUUAUUAGUUAAACUGUAAUGUUUCAGAACAUGCCUACCUGAAACUCUAAUUUUAUUUAAUUUGUUCACUUCUUGAAAAUUGUUUUUGUUACACAGUAACAUUUCGGAAUAUGCCUUACUGAAACUUUAAUUUUAUUUAAUUUGUCCAUUUUGUUAAAAAAAAAAAAAAAAAAUUCAAGCACCAAUGCAAAAACUUACGAAUUUAGUUAUUUAACACAAUUUAACAUGUAGAACAUAGGUAAUGGUAAGGAUUAUGUCAUAAGCUCCAAGUACUUAACAGGUGGGCAGUCCGGUGGUGCAAGUUAGCACCUGUCACCAAUACAGUGAAAGUUGGCUGUCCUGGCUCCAGCUCUUGUCUCAGGCACGCUGUUCUUUCUCUGCAUGUGGCGUCUGUUUACAGGACUGGCUGCCCUGCCGUGAUUUAGCCAUAGCGUAAAACACCAACCCCCUCUCCCUUUUCCAUAGUACUUAACACAUUUAGGAUGAGAUAGUAGGCCAAUCUAGGAUGGAAGUUGUUAUCUCCUAGAAUCCAUCUUUCACUCAUGUGUUACUCAACAUUUAAAAUUAAAAUAUAACCUGUACGUUCCUUCAGCCUGUACUCUCAGUUAUUUUAGUAAGAUAAAAUGUAAAGCAGAUAAGAAAGAAUACACUUGUAACAAAACACUGCCAUAAGGUUCAGUGCCGAGUUUUUUCUUUGCACGCUGUGGCUGCUCAAUAUAUAGUUUUUCAUAGUAAUGCAAUAAAAUGCCAUUGUAUCAUGCCUUUAAUGGCAUUUUUUCUUAUUCUUUUACUUCCGAGAUGAUAUAACCAUGGGAGUCUCUUGUCAUCUGGUAAGUCUUUAAAGAAAAAAAAUUUUGCUCAUGGUGGAGCAUAAUUUGUCCAACAACGACAUCAUCAUGAUUCAUGCAUAAAUGUUCAUUUUGCCAUCUGUUUUGUUCUCUUAUUCUCUCUUGCAUGUAUUAUCACAUUUUUCUCACUGUCAGUCUUCCCAUGUAAUAUAUCUUACUAAAUUUACCAUUAUUUCAUAGCACCAGGAAAAUGGACAAAUGACAUUUUUUUGUUGUUGUUAGCUAUUUGACCAAACAGUCAUCCUUAAAGUGAGGACAAAUGUAAAAGUUAUAAAACAAAAUAACACUUUUUUUUCUACAUAAAUUAACCUGAACAGCAACCAAGAAUGAAAAGUAAUGUUUUGCAUUUGCAUCUGAAUUCACCCUGAAUGAAAACUUUUGGUUGUAGAUAACAAUUAAAAAUGUACUGAUGAAAUGUAUCUUGUGGGUAUUCUUUGCUAAAGCUACUAGUACAGUAGUAGUUUGCAAGGUAUGUGCUGCAUUGUUAGCCACAUUAACAUCACAUUUUACACCCUGUCCUUAACCGACUUCAUUGUAUCCUUUUUUUAUAUCCAACAUUUUCACUUACAAAGUUUGGAAUGGAGAAAGUUAUUUCUAAAGAUUCCUAAAUGUAUUUUUAGGCAAAAUGUGUGAAAGGAGUACCACUUAAAAUCCAAAUGGUUGAAGGACAUUGGCAUUGGAAUCUCUGGUAAUGUCCUAGGUUGUGUGCAUUCAAACUUUGGAGUAAAUUCCAUUAAUAGAGCAUUGUAUGCUUCAAGAAUUUCUGUUUGCCAGAUUAAUGUUGUUGAAUCUGUAAAAAUGUGUGAAAGGUAUGAAGAAUGAUGCCCUAGGUAACAGCAUAUAUAGAGGCAAGAUUACAAACUUCUAAUGUGUAAAAGGAAUUAACUAAAGGAGAUAAAUAAAUUCUCUUCUUAGGUCGAUGACAAGAUACACAAGUUGUUACACUGCAAACAAAUUUUUUUUUGCAUAAUAUGAAAAUUGCUGUUAUGAUCAGAUUUGCUUGCACAGCUUUGAGUUAAGGAGGGACAGUUGGAGAGCUAUUUGGAAAAAAGAGAAAAACCUGAAUAACUUUGCCAGGAGAAACAGUGGAGUGAAAGCAUGAUCUUGCCACUGCCUUUUUGCUGAACUUUGGGGAUUAUGGUCAUGGCUCUUUGGGAUGAACUGCUGCAGCUACAGACCUUUUUAAGGAGGCAUGUGUAACAUGUUCAUAUUAAAAGAAGUCAGUGGAUUGCAUUUGUGGUUGCAGCAACUUUUGCAGCUGUCCCAGUGAUGUCUUUCAAAAUGUAUUGUUUACUGUCUGUGUAUGUGAUAACAUGUUCCUAUAGCUUAUUCAACAUUGAAUUCACUGGAAACAGUGAUUGGUUAUUGGUUGAAUAAAGUCACUUGUUUCCUUUGUUUGA